CUAUUCCAGCUCCCCGCAGAGCGCCUUGGCCAAGAAAGCCGUGCUGGGCGGAAACGUAAUCUGUAGCCUGCUGUCGUGUGGGUAAGAAGGAAGGUUAGAUAUCCAAACCAUGAAAGCGAUCAUUCAGAGGGUUUGGAAAGCGAGCGUGACGGUUGGAGAUGAGCAGGUCAGCAGCAUCGGCCGCGGCCUCUGCGUCCUGCUGGGCAUCUCGGUGGAGGACACGCCGAGGGACAUGGAGUACAUGGUGCGGAAAAUCCUGAACAUACGGCUCUUCGAAGAUGAGAACGGACGAGCCUGGAGUCGCAGCGUCAUGGACCGGGAGCUAGAGGUGCUGUGCAUCAGUCAGUUCACGCUCCAGUGCUACCUAAAGGGCAACAAGCCGGACUUCCAUUCGGCCAUGCCGGCAGAACUGGCGCAGCCCUUCUACACCAGCAUGUUGGAGCAGAUGAGGAGUGCUUACCGAGCAGAGCUCAUCAAAGAUGGCCAGUUCGGAGCGUACAUGCAGGUGCACAUCCAGAACGACGGACCCGUCACCAUCGAGCUGGAGUCUCCCACCGGACCCAUGGACUCCAAACAGCUGGCCAAGCAAGAGAAGCAGCAGCAACGGAAAGAGAAGACGCGGCCGAAGCCACCGUCCGAGUCGGGAAGGGAGAAGGCAGCUGCACGGCAGAGGGUGGACCCUAGUGCUAGCAGUGGGGCGGAGGGAGACGUGUCCUCGGAGAGGGAACCGUAGGCACCACCCCGACGACGGCUUUGAUGGGACUACUGAAGUACCCAGAAUGCCCUGCAGGGCUGUCACUCUCCGUGGCGGCCAUCUUACUUUGAUUUUACAUAUUUAUUUAUUUAUUCCUUCGGAACAUCGCUCUCUGGGGAUCACUUCACGCCGGGAGGCCACAGAGUACUGUCCUGCUCCUGCUCUUCCUCGUCAAGGGGGAUGUAGGCAGACACAGCAAAAAUUAAAUUAAGAAUCGACCUGAGAAUAUGGAAUUAUGGCAGCCAAAGCAAACCAAGGGAAGUUUAUUAGCGAUCAACUGUGUAUUUUUUUGCCCUUAUUUAGGUCCUGGUUUUUGUUUAAUUGAUGUUAUGUUGGCUCUUGUAAAAUGGGCAGUUUGAGACCUGAGAACAUUCUGUCUCAGUUAUGCUAUUGGCAGCCAUGAAUAACACUGAAUUUCCAGAUCAGUGAUAGACUAGAUAAUAAUUAGGAAAUAUUAUUAAUGUCUGGCAGGAGUAUUGACUGGCUUCACAGGGUUCCUAUCAUUAAAACAUAUUAUUAGGGUCAUUGCUUAUGUUACAAUACCGACCAAAUCAAUGAUUUUAUGGUGUUUUGGUAUGACAUUCAUUUCUAUACUUCUAUAAUUUAAUUUCUCAACUAGCCUGCAUAUUUAAAAAAAGUGAUUAUUAUAAUGAUCCUUAAUUUAAGAUUUAUUACAACAUCUAAAAUUUAAAUCCCCAAAAAGCACAAAACCAGUCCAGUCAAUCAAUGCUAAGCAGGCUUCAGUUCCCAUGGCUAAACUGACAGGUCACCUGCCCAUUUUCCACAUUUACUAAGGGGCUUUGUUUAUAAUGAAAAGCACUGAGUUAUUUUCAUAGGAAGCUCUCAUGAUGUGCAACUAUGUAAUUGUGUUACUAUGGGCUAUAUUCUGUUUGCAUGUGUAUGUGUGUGAGAUGGAGCCUAAUCCCAAACGCAGGAAGCCUUACGUUGGCUCAGAGGACCAAGAAGCACACAGACAUGCUCAGUGGUUUCUAGGUUAAGCUGUAUUUCCCCCCCCUCCCCCAACCCACCACCCCCCGCUGCCUGGGAGGGGCGUGGCGGCUUGUCGUAAGCAUUCCCUAUGAUGUAGGAGCUUGCGCCUACUAGCUCAGACACACGCUGCCUCUUUGUGUUGUGACGCCCUGCAGUGUGUAGUGACGCCUGCGUGUUUGUGCGUGAAGCUGAGUAGGUCCGUCUGGGCCACCGGAGGACUGUAACUCUUGAGGGUGGUAAGACCUGGGACCAGCUUUGCUCCUUUUCCAAUCAAAUGCUGUCUUCUGAUUCUUUUUUCAGCACAAAAAUAAAAGCUUCUGAAUCAGUUAUUUAUCACAUAAAA